AUGGACUACGCAACGGCUGUAUUUCGAAACUCAGCCACUGUCGCGCACGUGUGUGACGCCCAUUACGUGUGGGUAAGAUUGAUCAUAGUGUAUACAUAUUAAAUAUAUUAUAACAAUAAAUAUUGUAUUACAUAUAUUAAUAUACAUGUGUAGAUACCGUGUACAAACCUAACUGUAGGUCAACCCGAAUUUAGAAAGUACAACUAAAAAAAAAAACAACACAAACUAUUAUUAACAAGAGUUUAAUAAAGAGGAUAUUUUUAUGUAGGUAAAUACUCGAAUACUAGAAUAGCGUUUACGAAUAGUUAAAUCACGUUAUACAUUACACACUAGAACUGCGUGAGCGCAAUAUUUUCGCCUUUCGCGCACUCUCAGAGCCGUAUUUAAGCGAAAACUUCGUAGCUGUAAUCUAUAGGUCUGCACCAAAAAAGCUAAUAAGCAAAAAAAAAUAAAUGAACUGAUAGGUGUGCCUCUAUUGUAGGUGAGAAGACAGGAUAAAUAAAGUUAUUUAAAUUUAUAUCUAUAAGCAAUGAUAAACCAUUGCUAACGAAAACGAUUUUUAGCGAAGUUUGGUUGUACGUGAUUUGAAAGGCAGUAAUAUUUACGAUUUACAUACGAAUUUGAUUUUAAAACGAUUAUAAAUAGACACACAUACUUCAUACGGUGCAGCCACUGUUGUUGGUGAGAAGUUGAGAAGGUAAGUUAUAGAGGAUAUAGAGGGGAAAUUAAUUUUUAUCUGUAAUCAACGAAAAAUUACCUCUUCAAAGUACCAUUUUAGUCAGAUUUCUUAUUACAAAAAAAAAUUCACCAAUACUCGCUUAACUCAGACUACACUAAAACAUCGCUAAAAUUAAACUACUUUCUUGUAAAAUUUAAUAUUUAGGAUAUUUAAUUAUUGAUCGCUUAACCGUCGAUAUUCAAUAUCCAAUGCGGACCCGUGGUGAUUCUUUUCAUAUUAAAUUUUUGAAACGCCAAAACUUGAUACCCUUCUAGGUAUAUUGUUCAAUAAACAUAUUUUUUAUUUUAAAAACUGCUUCACUUUCACUUUUUCCAGGCUAUUUUUUUGAUUUUUCCAGGAGUUCUCAUGAUAAAUGUGAAAAACCAGAAAAACCCGUACGAAAUGCGUCGUUCUGAAAUUGUAAAUAUUACGGCCUUUCAAAACAUGUAAAACCAAAAUCCACUCAGAACCGUUUUGCAUUAGCAAUGAUUGAUCGUUGCGUAAAGAUAUAUGUUAAAAUUCUCCUCUACCUUCCCAACUUCUCACCUACAACAGUGGCCCAACCAAAUUAUUGAUACACUGUUAAAAAAAGAUUAUUUUGUGAUAUGCGAGUUGUUAUUUAAUGAAAAAUAAAAUGUUUAUGUUUGAAAUAGAGAAUUUUUAAUGUAGUUUUAAUAUGUAUAUAUAUUAUGACCGGUCGACUCCGACCGUGGAGUAAAACCGGUCAAAUGAACUUUAAAAAAAACUGUGUUUAUUCAUUCUUUUGAUUUUUAAAGAAAACAAAUUUAGCUAUGGUACAUUUUAAAGCUUUAUUUUUAGCCAAGAUAUUGAUAGUUGAGCUUAGGUGAACGGACUUUCCCCUAAUAAUUCUCCUCUAAUUGUGUAAAUCAUUUAAAUAUUUACUCAUAUACCUAUACAGAUAGUACCCUAUAGUGAAAACCUUGAAUUUUAAAUGGGCUGCUAACCCUGCCUUCCGACGGACCUUUUUUUUAGCGAGGAUCAUUACUCAAGAGCCAAUGGGGAGAACGUGAACGAUCCUCCUGAUGCACUCAAUUUAUCACAACUUGGUACCCAGCUACCACUUCUCAAUUCGCCGUUCCGUCUGCGAACGGCCAGGCCGCCGUCGGUUAAGUUUCCUUUAACCACUACCUAGUGAAUCUCAUAAGCCCGGUCGAAUCCUACCACACGGCACCGACCGUAGACUGGAGUCCAAAAUCUGAAGGCCUAAUAUAAUCUAACCGUGGGCCAGAGUCUUACCGACCUUCUCACCAUAACAAUGUCAUGAGUAGGACAUAUCUCGACGCCCGAAGGCCGACGGAAUGAGCGGUAAGCCCACACAGGGAGUCCCCGGGCACUUCCGAAUAGCCAUUGAUAACACAAUUACCAUCACCAGGGGUAAGUGGGCCGGCCGAAAACAUCCCACAGGACGACCCAACGGUUGGAAUGCGAGAAGACCCCCAACCGAUCAGGUAGAGAAGAAGGUCCUUGGUCCUUCGACUCGUCGAAAACAAGCUCGGUGGGGAAGUCCCGGUAUUCAAUUAUCACCUGAGAGUUUGCGCAUGUUAGUUUCGCGCCGUGAAUAUCCGUGACUUUACUAGUAUCCAGUACCACAAAGAGGUCUGUGCUAUCCAAACGGACCAGACGGUCGCGUAGAUCGUCCGGAUCAUCUAGGAAGCCGCUAAAGGGACCGAAACAGGAACUAAAUCCAACCCCGGUACCCCGGUCACAGGUCCUACAGUGUUAUCCUUAUGCUAAUAAUUCUAUCAAUAUUCAUUUUUUUGUUUCCAGUCGAGUUUUGUGCAAGGAGGGUACAUAAUAUAUUAAUAUGUAAAGAAAAAUGUAAUGUUUAUUUUCAUUACUUAAUUAUUGAAAAAAAUAACUUUUUAUUUUAUCAUUUUUCAAAAUUUUCAAAAUAGCAAUUUUUUAAAAUAUAUUAUUCUAAAAAUGCUAAUAUAGCAUUCACUCAUAUCCGAUCAAUAGUUUCUUAAUAAUAAGAAUAACCGUUUUAAUAUCAAGAAAAUUGAUAUGAAAAUAAUUAAAUUUCAAUAAAAUAACAUGUUAUGCGAUGAGGAAUUACAAUCAGCACCGCAAUUCCUUUAUCUUCUAUUAAGUAUUAAUUAUUUUCAGACCAAUUUUCUAGAAAUUAAAACGGCUAUUACUAAGAAACUAUUAAUCGAAUAUGAAUGUUACAUUAAAUUUUAAGACUAUCUUUUACAAAAUAGCUAUUUUGAAAAUGUUAAAAAAUGAUAAAAUAAAAAGUAAUUUUUUUUUCAAUAAUUAAAGGAUGAAAAUAAAAAUUGUAUUUUUUCCUAGAUCUGUGUUCCCCUUACACAAAACCUGAUUGAAAACAAAAAUGAAUAUUGAAAGAAUUAUUAGCAUAAAGAUAACACUGUAGGACACUCAGUACACAAUAUUUCGGUACAAAAAGUGCAAUAUAUGGAAACGCUAUAUUAGGAACAGGUAGUAUUUCGACGACGAGAGUAAAAGUAUUUCACGUUCAUUUUACAAAACUAAAAUAACUAUUAUUGUAUAAAUCAAUAAAUAAGCGCAGUUUAGGCUUAUCGUACCUUAAUACAUAAUCGUUCAUAACUACUGCCUGGAGGGGAUGCAAACCUAUAUGAUAACCAUGAUUAAGAUUUUAUAGAACUUAAAAUUGCAUUAAUAUACGCAAUGUAUAAAACAAAUAUUUGCAAUAAAUAUAACAAAAUGUAGAUACUAAUAGUAUUACCUUGUAAUUUAUUAUCAUUAUCAUAUCACUUAUCAGCCAUCACUUAUUCCACUCUUCCCUAUUAUCCACUUUCCUUUUCAUCUGUACAAUAUGAAUCUCAUCUUUAGUCCUUUAUUAAUUAUUCCAGUCUUGACCUUCCUAUAUGAAUCUUCUCUUCCACGCUUCUUUUUAACUAUAAUUAUAGCUUUCACCCCUCAUGUCGUACUCGUAUUAUGGCUAUCCACUCAUUUUGUCUUCUCACUAUACUUUUUCACAAUAGUUUUCCUUCUGGUGUUCUUUCAAGUAUUCUUUAUCGGUUAUUCUGUUCAUCCACCUUAUCUUCAAAUAUUCUCCUAUAACAUUGCAUUUCGAAUUCUUCCACAGGAAAUGGGACUGGGGAGGCACUUUAACGAAGUCAUUUUUUUCAUGAGAUCAUAUUCAGAGUUUACUCAUAAAAUGUGAAAAACCGAAAAAAAAGCGGAGAAAAAUGGGAAAAUAUACGAAAUAUAUUAGUAAAUAUAAAGAUCUUUUUUUCUGUGGACAACUUUUCUACCAGCAAUUUUGCUUCGAUUUAUAAUUUUUCCAUUUUCACCAAUUUUUCUAUAAGGAAAUCUGACUACGGAGAUACUUUUAAGGAGUUAUUAUUUUACUUUUUCACUAGUUUUCUCAAUAAAUGAGAAAACCCGGGAAAAAAAAAUAAGAAACCUAACCUAACCUAACCUAACCUCACCCAUGUGCGAAGUAUGUCAGUCUUUUUUACUUUUUCUCCCGACGCCUUCCAAAGUUCUAUUUGUAUUUCAUCCACCCCUACUACUUACUUAUUCUUCAGAUUCCUCAAGUUCGUUUUACUUAAUCUAUACUCGGGUACUUAUUAUUUUAUUAAUAAAUAAUAUUAAGAUUUCAAUUACUAAUUUAUUAAAAAAUAUAUUAAUUUUGAUUAAAAAAACUAUCGUAAAAAUAAUUAAUCCUAAUAGUCUUUAAAUAGCACUAAAAUAUAAAAAAAUGCAAAAACUAAAUUGUGAAUUUUAGUUCUCUGAGUCAUGAAAGCUUACUCUACCAUUUCUUAAGUAUCUUAUAGAAAUAUGCAAGCACUAUAAAAUCCCAUUUUUGAUAAUAAUCCUGUGGUCUCGUAGGUAAUGUUAUGCAAAGAUAACUAAUAUCAUUUCGAAAAAUUUAGAUAACUUCGUUUUUAUAUAGUUAAAUCUAAAUUUUAAAAGGCUUACAAAAUGUAAAACCUGCAAAAUGGUAGUGAUAUAAAUCUAAGUAUCAUCUAUUUGAUUAUAAAUUGUCUAUGAUUUAUGUUUAAUAAAUUCAUUACAAUUUAAUUAUUUAUUGAUCAUACAAAAUUAAUAUAAUACUUUAGAUCAUACAGUGGCGUAGUUAUGAUUUUGUUCGGAGGGAGAGGAGAAUAAUAAUUUGUUAAAUGAAUAUCGUUUGAAAGUCCACCCACUUACAUCCAUAUAAGAUCUGUUUUAGAUUCUUAGUGUAGCAAAGAAACUAUUAGUUUUAUCGAGAUCGGUUAUUUUCUCAGAAAACACUUUUUUCGAUAUUGGGUUCUAUUUUUAUGCUACAAAUUAAAAAAAGCGGAUUUUUCGUCCAAUGGUAUUUAUUUGAACCAUUUUCCGAAAUUCUUAAUACUUUUUCCAAAAAAUUGCACUUAUAGUAUAGUUACGUAUAGUUAAUACACAAAACAUGAUUAAUACGACUAAUAAAUAUUAAUACUACUUAGUUCAGAAUCUAAUGUUUAAAUCUAUGUGACAAUAAUUUCAAUGUAUAAACUAAAUAACUUCUAUAAUAUUAUAUACGUAUAAUUAUCCUACUCCUAUUGGUACCUUUCAAACUUUCCACCCACUACAGUGCCUAAUUAUUCAUAGGUACUUCGUCAAAUGUAAAAACUACAUUAUGUUCUAUCACUAACAACUUAGUUAUGAUCAGUGAUUACCAUUAACUACAUCAUAAAUACUUUUACGAAUAGGUAUACUAAGGUUCAAAUUUGAACAUAAAAAAAGUUCUAGAAGAGGAUCUAUUCCCAUAAUUUCCCCCUCCCUCCAUAACUAUGCCACUGGUAAUACUUGAAUUAAGAUAUAAUAUAAUAUAGACAAUAAUAUUUUGACAUUCUCCAAAGUUUGAUAAUCCUGUAAAUAUUAUUUUUUUCAUGACCUGUUCGUAUAGCUAAUUUUAAUAGCCGCCAUCACGGAUUGCGCAGGAUUAAAACGUACACCGCUACUCGAUUAUUAUUAUACUGGCGGCUAUCACCCUCAAGACUUCGUUGUGACCGAUUCAUGGGCAUUGCAGUCGUUAAAAAGUAGGUAUCUACAAACAAUGCGACCUAAAUACACAUUCGAAUAAAAGUGUUAUUCCAACGACAUAGCAUUAGGUUAACUUAGGUAUAGCGAAAUUAUCGUUUAUCUAUUGGAGCAAUAUUUAUGGAAAAAAACUUAAGCCGUAAAAAUAUAAAAUAAUUAAAUCGUUGUGCCGUAAUUUCAAAAAAAAUAUAUUAAAUAUAAUAAUAAAAUAUGUUUCGUCUUUUUUUGAUUUUUCCCAAUUAUGUAUUUUUAAAAACACUUUAGAUAUUAAAAAAACUACUUUCUUCGUCGUGUGUUAAAAGAAACAAAAUCGAUCUCUUAUCAUUUUUGGAUUGGAGUAAUAUUUCUGGUAGAAAAUAUCGUGUUAACAUAAUAAAAUCAAUGAAAACGGUAAUGCUACGGCGCGGAGCAUCGUAAACAUUUGCCGUUUUACCUAUACUUUUCUUUCGGAUUUUUUCCAAUUAUUUCGAAAACCCAUUGGAAAAUCAAAAAAAUUACCAGAAAAUUACCUUUCCAAAAAGAUGAUAUAGUCUAUACUUUGGAGAAAGUUUUCUGGUAAAAAAGUUGUUCAUACACAUUAAAAAAGAUAAUACAAAAACACACCCGAUUUACAAUGAUAGCACUUUUUUUGAAAGGAAAUCUGAUUGACGUGGUAGGAAAGCCACUUUUUAAUUUAUUUCCCAAUAAAUGAGAAAAACCGGAAGAAAAACGGAAAUGUAGUUACAAAUUAAACAGAUAGGUAUUAUUAAAGAUACUAUCUAAUGCAUGUGUAAUUAUUUCACCUUAAUAUGAUAUACAUUGUAGACAAAUCAACACUAUUGACGAAACUUUGCUUAGAAUCGUUUUCAUUAGGAAAGAUUAACCAUUGUGUACAGAUACCUAUACAUUCAAUUUUCUCUAUACCUUCUCAACUUCUGCCAUGUGCAAAGUAUAUCCGACUUUUUUAAUUUUUAAUUUGAUAGGUAUUUUUUGGAUAAAUCUGUCUUAUUAUACAAGAAUGUUGAAAGUAAUAUUUGAGAGUAGUAUUUCAUUAUAAACGUUUUAAAUUUAAAUUUUGUUGAAAAUCAUAAAAAUUUCAAUUGUACAUUAAGGGAACGCACACAAAUCUAAAUCUAAAAUUAUUAGGAUAAGAUAAUUACAGUAAUGUAAAUAACCAGGAAUGAUUUUUCUUUGGAAUACAUAAUUUUAGUAACAAAGAAUUAGGAAAUUCAAAUCAGUUUCUUAUUAUGAAUAAUUCAAGUAAUAAUCAUAUUAUUUUUUUAUUAUACCUAUUCUAAAGAAAUAUUAUACUUCAAAUUUUUUUGAAAAGUAAAAAAUCACUGGAUAAAAGUUUAACUUGAAAAUAGGUAUAUUAUUUAUUUGCAUUUUUUUUUUUUUUUUUUUUUUUGGUAGGAAAGUUUAAAAAAAAUAUAAACACAGUUAAAUUGUAAACUGUUCAAAAUCUACAUAAAUAAUACCUACAAUCUAUCAAACUAGCCAAUUUUAUAAUUGACAGUAGAAAUAUAAACUCAAUGUUUUUUCUUCACAUACUUCUCUACCUAUUUAUGUAGUGUAAUAUAAAUUGUUUAUAAUAUCAUCUUUUAUACAAUUAUUAAGACUAUGAAAAACUAAUGAUCAAUUUCUUUUUGAAUAGACAAUUAUUUUCUAAUAAAAUACCAAAAAUUUAAAAUUAAUUUUAUAAUUUAAGGUUCAAAGUCAAAUGCACAUAAGACGAAUAAAAGAAAGUCAGAUGCUCAUAAAACAAGCAAAAAGAAGUCUGAAAAAUCAAAAGGAGGUAAUACCAAAGUAAAUGCAGAAAAGUAUAAAAAUGGUAAGCUUAUAAACGAAAAGAAAUCCACUAAAUUCAAAGAACAAAAAGGACACAAUGAUAAAUAUAAUGAUCAAGGGGGCCAUAGUGAAGAAUUGCAUGUGCAUACAAAUAAUAAUAAGGAACAAAAGUACAAGAAAGGCGAUAAAGUUAAAAAAUUUAAAACAAAAAAAGUAUGUUAUUUAAAUUCUAAUAAUAAUAGUAGGUUAAUAAAAGACAUGUUGUAACUCGAUAAAUAGGGAUUUCGAGAUAAAUAUAAGAAGAAUGAAAAACACAAGAAAAAUGAAUUCUGGGAUAAUUAUGAAUCAUAUGGUACAUUUAAGAAAUAUGGGAAAAAAAGAAAUAAAAAAGUAGGAGGAGACAAGGAAAACAAGAAAAAAAAAACAAAAAAGGUAUGUGAUAUUGAUAUGAUACAUUUUAAAUGUAGUUAUAUUUAUAUGUGAUAUUUUUUUUAUUAGGAAGGAGUUGAAAAAAAAGUAAGUAAUAACAAAGGAGAAAAACAAAAUAAGACUGGAAGUAAAAGCAACACUGGAUACAAUGAAAAAAAGAAGAGUAGCUCUCACUAUAAUCAUAAAUCUCAAUAUCACAAAGAUAAAAAAUCAAAAAAAAAACAUAAGAAAAAGAUAUAA